ACGCUUGUUCAGGCGGCGUUCCACCGCCCCCAACCUCCCGGCUCCCCGGCCACCCCGGCCCGGACCCGGCAAGGCUCUCACCGGGCGGGAGUCGGGGGACCCUCGCAAUCUUGCUGGUAAUCUCUGCCGUGAGCACCGCGAAGUCCUGCUCGUAGCCUUCGAAGUCGGACGACAUGGCGACUCCGAAGUGACUGGGCCAAGCCAAAGCCUAGGUCAGGACAGGGGCCUCGCGGGGCGGGAGGGCCGCGGCUUAGGGACCCCGGGAGUGCCCUCGAGAGCAGAGCAGAGAACUGGGAACAGCUCCCAACCCAGUCGCUUCCUGGUUGUCCGUCACAAUCUUGGUCCUCCGGAAAUUGCGCUGCGUGCGCGUUUUGUUUUCCGCUCUGUCUUCAAGAUUAAGAAGUUGAGUUCCAAACCAAGAUACUGGAUUCUCCUAGUUAAGAUAAAGAGCUUUGAGUGCUUAACAGUGAAAAUGCCACAAUCUGUAUUAAUAUUUCACAACUUGAAGGCAUGACAGUUAAAGAACACACAUGGACUUGUGGCUCAUGGAAAUGUAUGCACAGAAAAAGGAAAUCUAUAAUUAUUUAAAAGUAGGAAGGCAUUCUUCCUCGCCGAAAUGGGUACCUUCUGCUCAGUUAUCAAGUUUGAAAAUCUCCACGAGUUAAAGAGACUGUGUCACUGGGGUCCCAUCAUAGCCCUUGGUGUUAUAGCAAUAUGUUCUACAAUGGCCAUGAUUGACUCUGUAUUGUGGUAUUGGCCCUUACAUACAACUGGAGGAAGUGUGAAUUUCAUCAUGUUGAUAAAUUGGACUGUCAUGAUUCUUUAUAAUUACUUCAAUGCCAUGUUUGUCGGUCCUGGCCUUGUCCCUCUGGGGUGGAAACCGGAAAAUUCUCAGGAUACUAUGUAUCUCCAGUAUUGUAAAGUCUGCCAGGCAUACAAGGCGCCUCGUUCACAUCACUGCAGAAAGUGUAACAGAUGUGUGAUGAAGAUGGACCAUCAUUGUCCUUGGAUCAACAACUGUUGUGGUUACCAAAAUCAUGCUUCGUUUACACUGUUUCUUCUUUUAGCACCACUGGGUUGUAUCCAUGCUGCUUUUAUUUUUGUUAUGACUAUGUACACACAGCUUUAUAAUCGGCUCUCCUUUGGGUGGAACACAGUAAGGAUUGAUAUGAAUGCAGCCCAGAGAGAUCCUCUUCCUAUUUUUCCAUUUGGAUUAGCUGCAUUUGCUGCCACCUUGUUUGCCUUGGGAUUAGCUUUAGGAACAACCAUAGCUGUUGGGAUGUUGUUUUUUAUCCAGAUGAAAAUAAUUCUUAGAAACAAAACUUCUAUUGAAUCAUGGAUUGAAGAGAAGGCUAAAGAUCGAAUUCAAUAUUAUCAACUAGAUGAAGUCUUUGUUUUUCCUUAUGAUAUGGGAAGUAGGUGGAGAAACUUUAAACAGGUAUUUACGUGGUCAGGGGUCCCUGAAGGAGAUGGACUAGAGUGGCCAAUAAGAGAAGGCUGUCACCAGUACAGCUUAACUAUAGAACAGUUAAAACAAAAAGCAGAUAAGAGAGUCAGAAGUGUUCGCUAUAAAGUAAUAGAAGAUUAUAGUGGUGCCUGCUGUCCUUUGAAUAAAGGAAUCAAAACCUUCUUCACAAGUCCCUGUACUGAAGAGCCUCGAAUACAGUUACAAAAAGGGGAGUUCAUUUUAGCCACAAGAGGUUUACGAUACUGGUUGUAUGGAGACAAAAUUCUUGAUGAUUCCUCUGUAGAAGGUGUUUCGAGAAUAAGAGGAUGGUUCCCUAGAAACUGUGUGGAAAAGUGUCCCUGCGAUGUUGAAACAGAUCAAGCCCUGGAGGGUGAGAAGAAAAAUAGAUAGCCGCUGUUAAAAUGAAAUUAUUCUUUAAGUCUGUUCCAUUACUUGAAAAUUAUACAUAUUACUAAAGAAUUAUGCAAUGAACCUACUUUGGUUAAGGUGUUCUUUUCCUCAAAGGUGCCCUAGUGCCAUGAUUUAAUAUUUUUAUUACCAUUUUGAAAUGGAGAAGCCAUUCUGCAUAUGCCUUUGAAUUCCUGCCCCUCUUUACCACCUCUUCUUCCCCUCAAAAGGAAAAGCAUUUCACCCAAGUAAGUUAAUUGCAUUUUAGCUAGGAUUUUUUUUAUGCACUGCACACUCUGAACCUCACCUGCAGAUAUAGUUCCCCCUUUGCCAGGAGCAUCUGCAUGUGAUACUUUUUUUUUUCCUUCAGUUGAUAUUUAAGUGAUAUUCUAAAUACUAUAACUCAAUUUGUCAAAUUCAGUAUAAACUCAAAUUUUGUUACCUGUCUUUUAAUAAUGCAGAUUUUGUCAAAUCAAAUAAAGAUCAAUGAAUGUUCUGUAUAAA